AUGCGCUGGCUAUGGAAUUUUAUGUGCUUGCUGCUCUGCUGUGGCUUAAGAUGCGCGCAGGCGCAGGCAGAGACAGAGCUGGAGCUGAAUCAAACGACGCCUUUGUUGGCGGCAGGCAGCUGGCGGCAGGCGCGUCGGCGCAACAGCUUAGCGGAUAGUUGCAGCACUAACGAUGGUGCAACAGGCACUUGCCUCACGCGUUUCAAGUGCAUGCGGCAAGGCGGCACAGUCAACGGCUAUUGCGGCACUUAUGGCGUCUGCUGUGAAACUAACAUGGCUUGUGGCAGCAGCACGCGACUCAAGCGCACAAUUAUACGCAAUCCUGCCACAUUCAGCAGCGACAUUUGCCAGUACACCAUUGAGGCAUACAACAACAAUGUGCAACAGCUGCGCAUCGACUUUGAGCAGUUUGAGUUGCCGCCGCCGACGGAGAGCAGCACGGAUGAGCGCCAGCUGGAGUGUGUGGAUGCGCUUGAGGUGGGCAACUUUAAGCUGUGUGGCCUCAACUCGGGUCAGCAUUUGUAUUUGCCCUUCAAUGUCGCCUCGGGCAUUGAUCAGCUGACCUUGACCUUUUCGCUGCCCACGCGCUCGCAGCAGUCGAGCUGGCGUUUGAUUGUAACGCAGCUAGAGGCGCCACAGGCGAGCAACAAGCGCAAGCAGUCCAGCUUCAAUGGCGUCAAUGGGCUGCAGGAUCUGCGCAACAUAUUCGCAUCGCAUCAUGCCGACUACGAGCUGCUGGCGCCUUCGGGUUGCCAGCAAUAUUAUACGGAGCUGUCGGGCAACAUACGCAGCUUCAACUAUCGCCCCAAUAUGGAGUCCACCUACUUGCCCGACACGAGCUACACCAUCUGCAUCAAGUCCAUACCCAGCGCCAGCAUGAUAGAAUAUUCGUUCAGCAAGUUCGCCAUGUCGUUGCAAGUGGGCGAGGGCGAGGGCUACGAUGCCGCCUGCCAUUCCACAGUGCAUACGCCAGGACGACAGGAGGACUACCUGCUCAUACCGCAAUCCCUGCUGGCCAAGAAUACCGCCUAUCAGCCCACCUACUAUUGCGGCAGCAACGACAAUCUGGUUGUCUAUGCCUCGCCGCCCUACAUGAUGCACUUCUCCAGCGAUGAGUUGACCUUGGUGCCCAGCAUGGAGACUGGCUUCAGUUUGAACUAUCGACUGCGCAGUUCACUGCUGUAA